UCUCUCUCUUUGUUUUUGUGCGUUUAGGGUUUAGAAUUUCAAAGACUUGGUCAUCCAUGGGUGGAUCAGUGAAAGUUGUUCAAUUCAAAGAGCUUGAUAGCGUGGUCCGUCCCUUGAGGUGUGAGGCUUCGAAGCACAUGGACGAGGUUGAAGCUGAAGAACAGCCUAAGCCUUAUUCGGUUUCUGAUGUGCCGUACUCCUCUGCCUUCGUGAAGGAUGGAAAGGUCGUUGAUACAUCACCUAGUUUGGCCACUAAAGUUGCUAGGGUUGUUGGGUCGGUUAAGGUUGGAGAACCUGUUGCUCCUGCCAGCCUUGUCACAGUUCAAGAGUUAGCGAAAGAAGCUGAAUCUUCUGAGGAGCAAAUUCAAGCUCAAAAUGCCCUUGAUGAUGCCUUGAAAAGGCGACUGAAGAAGCUGAUUGACUCUAAUCGAGUCAUGCUUUUCAUGAAAGGAACCCCUGAGGAGCCCAAAUGUAGAUUUAGCAAAAUGGCAGUUCAAAUUUUAAAGAAACAUAAGGUCGAAUUUGGAAGUUUCGAUCUUCUUACGGAUAAUGAAGUCAUGGAAGGGAUACAGAAGUAUUCUAACUGGUCUUUAUUACCACAGAUUUACUUCGAAGGGAGGGCUCGUGGUUUCCGUCACAUAGAAACUUUAAUGAAAGGUUGCCCAAGUGAAAGCACAAGAAAAGAUUGUUUUUAUUAAGAGAAUUCCAGACUGAAGAUCUCUGAAUGCACAAUAGAAAAGUUGCACAAGAGAAAACACUGAACUUUUGCGAAAUGUGAUUUUGAUUUUGAUGGAAGAAAAGAUAUUGAGGCAUUUGCAAUGUAAUGUUUUGAAAUUUAAGGGUGUUUAUUUGCCUGG